AUGGGCGUAGGACGGGGGCAAGACGCCAGCUCUUCCGCUCCGCCGCCCGGCGCAAUGGCUUCCUUCUUCUCCAGUUUCCGGUCAUCCGCUCUCCGGAGGAAGAUUCCGUCCCCGGCUACUGGCGAACCAGCCGAUGGCCGUCUUCUCGUCCGCCGUCUUGGCUUGGUGCAGCUCAUCCUCAUUGGGAUUGGCGCCUCCGUAGGGUCCGGGAUCUUUGUCGUCACUGGCACUGUCGCCCGUGACGCCGGCCCCGGUAGCGUCUCCUCCAGCCGAGUGAAUAACAUUCAUCGAACUAUCCUAUUUAUUUAUUGCUAGAUUUGAUCUUCUAUGGAAAUAGAGUUUGCUCCAAAAUUCAGGCAUCCAACAUAAUUCAUCAGAAUUUUCCUUCGCAGGAAAUUUGCAACUGUACUUCAUGCUCUUUUCUCCUCAUUUUUGUUUCUCAACCACAUUCUUUGAAUUCCUUCCAUAGGAGCUUUCUAUUUACCAAAACUUGGACACUCUAGAGUUUUUUUGCCGUUUACAGAGUGUGGUCUAUCAUGGCAUCAUCAUUUGACAACUUUUGUAGUGAUCAGAAAGGAGAUGCUUUUCAUUUCAUACAGUGAUGCGAAUGAGUAUUCUACGUUCACACGACAUUACUAGGCUCCGAUGACAUGAACUGCUGUGAACUCUAUUUGCCUAGACUUUAGCAAGGAUAUGAAUGGUAAAGGUCUUUCUCAUUGUCCAUGUUUCUCGCUGUGGGAGGUUGAAUCCUGUCAGACUUUUAUGUUGCACCGCUUUAGAUUUUAACAUCGAAUCUUUUUAGAUUUCAUGUCAUCGCAACAUGCAUAGAUUUACCAUUCCUGGCAUGUUCCCUUGUUCUUUGUCGAUAUCUGGGCCAACCCUUGCUUGUUACUCACUGGUUGCUGGUUCAAAUGCAGCCGUCACGGUCAGUUUCAUUUUAGCCGGAGUUGCCAGCGCGCUUAAUGCCUUGUGCUAUGCGGAGCUAUCUUCGUAUUUCCCUGCUGUAGUUGGUGGAGCAUACCUGUACACUUAUGCUGCAUUCAAUGAGCUAACAGCUUUUCUCGUCUUCACACAAGUUAUGGUAGACUACCAUAUUGGAGCAGCGAGCAUAGCACGGAGCUUAGCGAGUUAUGUGGUCGCCACUCUGGAGCUAUUUCCUCUAUUCAGGGGACAUUUUCCUAGCUGGAUGGGAAAAGGAGGCAAAGAGCUCUUCGGGGGAGCAGUAUCUAUCAAUUUACUUGCCCCGAUUCUUCUUCUAAUCUUAACAGCAAUUCUUUGCCGUGGUGUUGGCGAGUCCUCUAUGGUGAACUCACUCAUGACAACCACCAAAGUAAUCUCUCUUUGCCUUAUGUGCUUCUUUCCUUUGAAUAAUUUUCAUUGUAACCUGGAUGAUUAACUCAUAAUAUAUGAUGCAAUUCCCAAAAGGAUGAAAAUGUCCAACAAAACUCAAAGAAACUAAAAAAUGAAAACAAAGAAGAAGCUAGGACUAAGGUAUAAAGCUGACAUGACCUCAAAUGGUCGGGGAGCGAGCAUCCAAAGUAACUAAGAAUCAGUGAGGACCAUCUACCAUGUAUAUCGUGUACCUGAGAAAAUAUCAUAGUCUAACAGCCAUAAUCUUCUAGUAUUAUGCUGUUAAUCAUCCUACUAAUUUUUCGUAUAUAGUGUCUAUAUAGAAGAUAAAAUUUACAGUUUUAAAAAACCACGUUCUUUUGACCAUGUAUUAAUGACAGACAUCAUGUAAUUAAUUUCUUUCAUAAAUAAUACCCAACUGGAUCAAUAUGAUUGAAGCCAACCUGGAUCAUAUUUCAGCAACUCGCGAUACGCAGGUUAACACUGUUCGAGUUUUGUUUUUGGUGGUAUGUCGAACCUACCUUGAUUUAAAUUGGGGUACCUGGCUUGUCCAAUUCCCAUGGAGAUUAGGUCUUUGAACCUCCGAAACUAGAGAUGACCCAUGAUCAUAUCUCCCUUUUUAAGGAACAAAAAACAAAUCUUAAACUUCUGUCAUUUUUCUGUCUUGUGUUCCUCAGAAUCUCAGUCAUUUCUUAACCCUUUUUUAAUUGAUGGAUAGCAGUAACAUUCCAUAGAAGAUAUGUUCUGAAUUUAAGAUGUUCAUACUGCGCAUUGGUCAAUUUUCUGUCAGAUUUUUAUCUCAAGCUCAAACCUGAAAGAAGAAAAAGAAAAAUUCCAUUGCCUCAGUUUUUAUCAUUCUUGUCAUUGGAUCUACCUAGACACUGUUAGGUGAUUGGAUGCUCUCAACCUGGUAUUUGUUGAGAAGUUUUCUAGCAUCCUUUGUUGUUAAAAGGCUUUCUCUUGAAUAUUGAAGUGCAUAGCUCUAUUAGUACAAUAACACUGAAAGCAUGGAUAUGAUGCAAUUUUAUCUGUACUAUUUAUUUAAUUAAAAUUUAAUGAAAAUUACUUAGAAGAGAUGAAUGAAAUGUAUCACAUAUAAAGUUGAUCUAAUGCACAUGAAGCAUUUUCUGCCUGAUACAUUUUUUUAUUUCACAUCUGUAUGAUAUGCAGUCUGCAGAUAGCAGAAAGCUACAACAGCUCAGAGAUGGCUGGGUCAUUAAUCACAAUAUGACUGCAUUUUUUUAAAAUCUUUGCUGCUGUUGAUUUGUGUGAGAUCUUUCUAAAUAUUACUCCAUAUUCCAAUCAAGAGAAAAAAAAAAGUGUUCAUUUUUAACAUCCAUAGUUGGUUCCGUGUAAUGGUUGUAUUAUCUGCCGUAUCUACUAAAAAUUUCAACAAACACUUUAUCUCAUUUGUUGAUUCUACUUUCAACAUUUGAAAUUUUCAUUCAGCAUCUGCUGACAGCUUGUGAUGCACAGAAGCUUGAACCUUAAGCCAGAACCCCAAUGAAAAUUUUGACUUUAGGUUUCUUACCUUAGUAGGAAUGCAAUCUUGUCACUAAUACUUCAUUUGCAUAAUAAAUGGAAAAACAAAUGAGUGGGUUUUGUGAUUUGCAAUUUAGGGAGUUAGAGUCCUCGGUCUCAGAUCAUUUUUCUGAAAGGGAUCCGAUGGUCAGAUUGAUUAAUAUCCAUUAAAAGUAUUAUCAUGUAGAUUAUAACCUGUGAAUUGCUCUUUUUCUGAAGAGUUCACUUCAUAUCAAGUAUUUAAUAUUUCAGGGUCCCCUGUUCCUUAAUUAGAUAUAAUAUAUUAAUUCUUUAGCUCCAUCACUGAUUGUAUGAUGAGUGACCAUUGCAAACGUAUCAGGUUCCCUGAAGGUGAUUGAUACAUUGGUUGUAGGGUUCUGAAGAUUGUGUAAUUUAAUGGCUGUCAAAAUGCAAAACCAACAAUCAGAUUAGAAAUUACUAUGUGGGGCAGGGUUGUUUUCCAUCUUAGAUGUACUACAGAUUUUAUUACUUGAAGAAUCACUGUAGAUUCUACCACCGUAUAUCUAUAUGGUGAGUGGAGAGGAAGCUUGAAGAAACUCGAAAUGUAAAGCAAAUGGAAGACUUUCUGUAAAACUUUUGUGGGGAAAGUUUAACCCUGACUUAAUCAAGCAAAAAAAAAAACAUUAUUCUGUAAAGUCCCCAAGAAGUGCUGUGAAAUUCACUUUCUGGGGAGGUUCAUAUUUAAUUAUAGGAACUGAAAAAUAUUCGUAUCAUAACGGUAUGGUGGAUUGGUUAAGUAACCUGAAGUACGAAAAAGAUGAGUGGAUCAUGCUGCCCCCAGCAGUUGUAUGGGCUGUUAGUUUUGGUAAAAGGAAUUUCAUAGAGAAAUUUUCUAAAACUUUUCUUCUGAUGACUAGGUUGUGACGCUUAUGGAAGACUGAUCGUGCACUGUGAUUUAUCUAGUCGCUCUACGAUUUAAAAAUGUCUUGUGACAGGACUGUUUCUCAGUCUGUAGUCUGGGACAUUUCGGUGGGUAGAAGCAGUCACCUAGGUCUUUCCACGGAUUUUAUUUUUAUUUUUAUUUUUAUUUUUAUUUUUAUUUUUUAUUUUUUAUGGGUUUGGAUGUGCUUGCUAUUUCUGAACUGGGGGGAUUUCAGGGGCAAUCCAUCAACAUCUUCAGUAUGGUUUCUUUUGAAACUUCAGAAAUGAAAUGUGAACAGUAAUAGUGUUCUGUGCACAUUGGAUGUGAUAGUGGAAAAAGACUUUCAUUCAACUACUAUCUGACGUAACCUUGCUAUUUCCAUAUUAUUCAUGUCUAUUUUAUUUCUUGGAUUUUGAUAAUGUCUAAUUCUGCUGGUCAUUGGAUUUUGUUCUGAGAUUGAAUCUGUUUAUUUUCUUUUAUAUAAAGUAGAGUUCCGUUUCCAAUCGCUUUCUGAAGUAAUUUCAACCACCACCCUACAGGUGGUCAUUGUCAUUAUUGUCAUCUUUUUCGGUGCUUUUGAGGUGGAUGUAUCGAAUUGGUCACCCUUUGCCCCAAAUGGCGUCAAAGCGGUCGUCACUGGAGCUACCGUAGUGUUUUUUGCCUAUGUUGGAUUUGAUGCAGUGGCUAAUUCCGCUGAAGAGUCAAAGAGACCACAGGUGAUUCAAUAGGUUGCUUAUCAUUUGUUUCCUUUUCAGAAUCUGUUUUGAAUGGUACUGAAUGUUUGUCAUAAGCUUAUUGGCGAGUGUUUUCCUUGUAACUUUACGUUUUUAAUGUGCAUCUAAUAUUUCUCAAUCAUGCCAAUAUUAUUGGCAAAAUAUCUUUUUUGAAGAGGGACUUGCCCAUUGGCAUCCUUGCUAGCCUUAUCGUCUGUGCGCUGCUGUAUGUUGGAGUCUGCUUAGUGGUUACGGGAAUGGUGCCAUACAAUUUGCUUAGUGAGGAUGCACCACUGGCAGAAGCUUUUACCUCAAAAGGGCUGAAAUUCGUUUCAGUUUUAAUCAGUAUUGGUGCUAUCGCUGGUCUCACCACUACCCUUCUUGUUGGGCUUUUUGUUCAGGUGACCUAGUUUAUUGAAAGUAUUAGUCACUCUUCAUAGUUUUCCAGCUUGAAUCUAACUUUAAUUUUUAAUGACAGUCCCGGUUGUAUCUUGGUCUUGGAAGGGAUGGUCUGUUGCCUUCGGUUUUUGCGGAAGUACAUCCUUCGCAUCACACUCCUAUCAAGGCUCAGCUCUGGGUCGGUGCUGUUGCAGGCGUCAUGGCUAGUUUUUUUAAUGUACAUGUGCUCUCUCACAUUCUUUCAGUAGGUUCACUGGUGAGUUAUCCUCAGAUUGAUGUUGUCUUGUGCUACCAAUCUUUGGUAAUUCGUCACCUUCUUUAUGCUUUGCCCGUUUUGACAUUUAGUGGCAUUUUUCCAUUUCUAGACGGGCUAUUCUGUUGUUUCUGGCUGUGUCAUUGCCCUCCGUUGGAAGGGUAAGCCCCAAGCUCAACCUGCUAUAAGGGGCAUUUCAGCUCGGCAGGAAGGGAUCAUUUGCCUUAUUACUAUUGCCUGUUCCGGAUUUAUAACUGGACUGUGCUACCGUUUUGGAGCCUCUUUUCCUUUCCCCGUUGCUGCUGUGUUAGUUGCCAUACUUGCUGUUGCUUUUCUCCAUAUUCGGCAGGUUAGUAUCUGAACCAUGGGUUUCUCUAUUCACAUCACCUUCCCUAUGCAACUCUGAUCCUUUGAAUUGAAGUAAACUGUUGGAGUAUUUGUGGUGCUGCUUUUAUCAUUUGCUCUUGUGUUUGAUUUGGACGCUUGCUAUCUUCAACUUUCCAUUUAAGAUGUGAAAGAAAUUUUGAACAGUUUGUUGACUGUGAAUGUUUGUUUAUCCUAUUUAUGUGUAAUUUUUUCUUUUGAAAAAUAUUCUUAUCACGUGUGUGUCCCUUGCAACUCUUGACCUUGAGUAUUUUAACUUCAUUUUCUUUAAGGGUAACAACCUGUGUUUGAAGUUCAUAAUCCAUUUGAUGAUGUCUUUAGCACUACAGAGAGAGAGAGAGAGAAAAAAAAAGUGUAGGGCAACCGUAGCCGUAGCCCUAGUCAUUAUGACUGCCACCCCACUCCGCCCUCUCACUCCAAGACAAAAUAAAAAAUAAAGAAGAAGAAGCCUUUGCCGUGAGACCAGGGAAGGAAGGAGAGUGCGGAUGUACGAAUGUUAGAGAGAAGAGUAAAGGGUUUCUGGAUCAUUGGCACCAUUCCACUUGUUGGCUUGCUAUAAGCAUGAACUCCAGUCUUUGCCCUUGUUUUUCCAAAACUAAGCCCAAUCCUGCCCGGUACCUGUAUCAGGCCAUCAGUUGUUGUUACCUAGCGUUCAAGCUCGUGUCCAUCAAUUGCUCGUGUCAUGUCCCUUAUAUUUUCUUGUGGCAGUGGCACCAGAAGAGCCAGAGCUCAGCACAGAUAAUACUGUGCAUUGAUCAGCAUCUGACGAGCUCAUUACAGAUAUCAUAUGUUAGCAGCAAAGUAAAACUCAGGUCGAGGGAUUUGUCAGUAGGUUUGGUGAUCUUCAGUAUUGAAAGUACCUUACAUUCAUUCUAACAUGGUGUGAAGCGGUUUCUAGACCAGGUUUUUUGGUUGACAAUCGAAUUGGUCAUGUUCACCAAAACCCUAUUAACAAAAAUGAGCACAUGCCAGCCAAUUCAUAGAAAACAUUGUUUUGUUUGUAUAUGGUAACUGGUAAUUAGUCCCAACAUUGAAUCAUGAAGACACGUGCUUCGUACAUCCUUGACUGUUGUGACAUAUGGUUAUCACAAAAUAAAGAAUAAUAAAUCCAUCGUGACUCAAAAAAGCUCAGCUAGUUCUGAUCUGCAUCUAGUCAUGUGGAUAAUAACUGGACAAACUACCUUCAGGGGGGGAAAAAUCUGAUCCUCCCUUGAAAAUGGUGAGAAAAGGAAAGAAGGUUGAGCUAUAAAUGGUAAUAUUAGCCAAUUGCUUGCAUGGUCGCUGCUACCAUUAAAAGCAUACAGAUGAGUAGCAAUACGGCAGGCACCAACCUGACCUCUACAGCUGAUAUGCAGGAUCGACGCGGACCAUGCCAAAGAAAAUUUUCAGAGGACGUAGGCACCCUGAAAAGCAAUUUUCUGAACUUCUACAAUUUUGUGUACCCAAUUUAUGGAAUCUCCUUUUGUAUGUACUUUAACCAGUUGAUUCAUCUGAUUCCAUUUUCUCCUGGAACAGACCGGUGACUAAAAAGUAGGUGAUGAUGGCUCCUAGAGUAUCAAAUAUUUUGAAUAUUAUAGAAAUGAGCAGAUCAAUAAGCUAAUGAAACUUUAAUGAAAAAUCACACUUUUAUAUAUUAGAAGAUAAAACUGAAUCAAAUACGACAAACCUAAUCAUAUAUUCACAAGUUUUUCGACCUUCAUCGAAUUCCCAUUCCUCACUUGAAUAUAACUCGCUCUACUCGUCUAAAAUUUUUGGUUGUUCCCCCGAAAGGUGAAGAUCAUCAUUAUGUGGACGUGUUCAGUAAGCACACUGAUUAUCUUGAAAGUUUGGAGGCAUUGAUCCAGAGGAUUGAUCUUUCAAUAUCACUUUAUUCUUGGUGCUUGGUUGUCUAGAACUAGAAUACAUUUGACUUUGAGUUUGCUGCAUGAUAGCAUGAAAUACAUAUAAGAAGAUCCCCUGCUUAUGGGACAAUCUGAUCAUAAUUUGUGCUUAGAUCAUACGUUGUGUUUGUCAAAUGCUAGCCCUUUUUAAAUAUCUGUUUGUGUUGUUCUAGGUAGCAUUCACAUUGGCCAUGCUUGGACAUGCUUUUUUAUAAUCAUAGUCCACUCUUAAUUAUUUUUCCUCAUAAUCUGUCGUCGUGCUCUCUAACGUUAAUCUUCUUUUCCAAACAAUAUUUUUUCUAGGUUCAUGCGAAUCCCCCAGGCUUCUCUUGCCCCGGAGUUCCAGCCGUGCCAGCGCUCUCAAUCUUCUUCAACAUCUUCUUAUUUGCUCAGGUUCGGUUCUGAAACUGUUCCCGUGCGAUUUGGUUGGCCUACUUACCAUGAACAUGCACAGUUGGGAGAACAUCUUUUCCAGUUCAAGACUCCUCUGGUUCGCAUAAGAUGAACACAUAAGCAUUACGAACCACACUUCUCCUAUGCAGAUUUUUGGCCAUGUUCCGAUUUUCCCCUUUAUAAUGUUAACAUGAUGAUGUACUGCGCCAGCCCACUUACCAUGUGUACUGCGCCAAAAAAAUCAUCAGAUUUUAAAUAACCUGGAUGGAAGUAUAAUAGGACCAGAAAAUCGGAGAUGAUAGUGUUUUAUUAUUAUUAUUAUUAUUAUUUUAAGAAUACCCUUUUAGUCGGUGAUAGCAGUGGUAGGAGUAUUUAUUGGAAACAUUCUACUGACAAGCGGAUCCCAUUCUUCACUGAUGAUGAAUUGAAACCAGAACUAUAUCACGGGCCUACUGCAUCUUUUAUCACGGACCUUGGUUGGUUCCCUUUCUUUUCUAUUCUUUCUCCCUCCUUUGAGCUCGUUCAAGGUGAUCUUCAGUGUGCCGUUUUAUCUAAUGUGCUGUGCAACGAAGGAAUAUGUGUAGGCUAAUAAAUAACUGGAGUGGGAGGGAGAACUAUCUUUGAUGCCCAUACCCUGACUUUAUUCCUGUAAAAAUACAGAAACAUGUUUCUUAUGCUGUGCCUUUUUUUUUUUUUUUAAAAAUUCAUUUCUAGAAAAAUCUAAGCCUCUUUUGGGGAGGGGGGGAACUUGGAGAAACCAUUUUCUGUCGACCUGAGGAAAAUCACAGCUACCAGAGUUCAUUUUUUAUAGAACCCAGCAUCAGAAAAUCUGUAAUCAUGAUGAUAUUUGGUUUCUGUCAACAGCUGCAUGAAGAAGCAUGGUGGAGAUUCGUCAUCCUUACCGCUAUAGCAGUGAUCUUCUAUGCCAUAUAUGGCCAAUAUAAUACAUUCCGCAAGUGUCCCAAUGACUCCGCAUACCACAGUAUCCCCACGGAUGAGAUUUCCUAA